AUGGUGCUGCUGGCCGGGCCCGGGCCGGAGGGCGCCGGGGCGCGCUGCGUGUCCCCUCAACCUCCGUCUCCGCCGCCAGGCGAGCCGGCCGAGGGAGACCCCGGAGACUACGAGGAGUACGACGACUUCUCGCGGCUGCCAGACACCCGCAGCGUCGCCUCGGACGACUCUUUCUACCCUCCGGCCGGCGAGGAGGGGCGCGGCACCUCCAGCACUGGGGGCGCCCCGGUGGGCGUCCCGGAGGCGGCGACCCUCCUGCGCGCAGCCUGUACCAACGACGUGGAGCUGCUGCGGGCGCUGGUGCGCCGGGGACCGCGCGUCGAGGAGGUGCGGGAGACCGACCGUAACGGCCGGACUGGGCUUAUUGUCGCCUGCUACCACGGCUUCUUGGAUACUGUGGUGGCCUUAGCAGAGUGCCCCCAUGUUGACGUCAACUGGCAGGACCACGAGGGGAACACGGCCCUCAUCAUGGCUGCUCAGGCAGGGCACGCCGCCAUCACCAACUACUUGUUGAACUAUUUCCCUGGCCUUGACCUGGAGAGGAGGAACGUAUUUGGGUUCACAGCGCUAAUGAAAGCCGCCAUGCAGGGCCGAACCGAGUGCAUCCGAGCCCUGAUGCUGGGAGGAGCAGAUGUCCAUGCGAGAGACCCCCGUCGUGGGAUGUCACCACAGGAGUGGGCUGCCUACACGGGGCGCACAGAGGCGGUCCACCUCAUCCAGAGGCUACUGGAACGUCCCUGCCCAGAGCAGUUUGCGGAAAAGUACAAGCCAGAGCUGCCGCUGGUCCCCGAAGCCAUUCUGAAGGCCUCAGACUCCAAAAGCUGCCUGCAAAGGCUCACCAAGUUCCUGCGGUCCACUCUGACCUCCCGGUCGGGCCAGGGCCCGGAGGAUGGGGGUGUCCUGGACCACAUGGUCAAGAUGACCACAAGUCUCUACAGCCCAGCGGUGGCAGUUGCCUGCCAGACUGUGUGCCCUGAGCACCCCCCCUGCGUGGGGAAACUGCGGCCAGCAGUACAGGAAAUCCUGGGGGCUCAGAGAGGCCAGGACACCCACGCCAGGGACAAGGAUGAGGUGGAGGGCUCUGCGCAGCAAUGCAGGACUUACCAGGCCCAGGAGGUCUCCAGUGAGGGGUCCCCGAGAGCUAGCCUGCCAUCACCACCCCUGCUGGGUGCCCAGGUGGCCCCUGCCUCACGGAAGGCCAGCCUCCUGCCCCUGCAGCUGCUGAGACGGAGUAGCGUGCGGCCGGGCAUGGUCAUCCCCAGGGUCCGCAUCAGCAAGGCGCCCUCACCCACUUUCCAGCCAGAGCGACCGGCCGCCAAGGGCAGCACCAAGGACAGCACCCACCUGCAGAUCCCCAAGUGGCGCUACAAGGAGGCCAAGGAGGAGAAGAGGAGGGCAGAGGAGGCGGAGAGGAAGCGCACGGAGGAGGCGCAGAAGGAACGGCGGGCAUCUCGCUGGAGGAAAAGGACGUGA